UAAUAUUGCUACUGUUGGUAUGGUUGUAUGUUUUCGUUGGCAGCCCUUGACCGUGGUUGCGGCUUAAAGAAGUUGCUCUUUUCUUGUUGGGUAAGUCUUAUAUCGUUACCAUACAGGCCAGUGUGUCAUUGAGAGACGAGCGCUUGUUUUGGGGGUUGCCACUGUUGCUAUUGGCAAGGCCCAAGAAAUUGAAGAAUAAACUGUUACCAAGUUACAAAGUGGUAGAGGUAGGUACCUUGAACGCCUACGCUGAUGGGCGGCAGCGGCUAUGAUUCUUCUACGCGUGUUUAGUGUCUGUGUGCUGCUAUCUUUAAUCCGAACCUCUGUAAAGGGUUAAUAGCAGAAACCAAAAAGCGCACAACUGUUUCCGUUAGUGUGCCAGUAAUCUCCUCAUCAAAGUGAUCCGUCUCCGAAACAAUCUUCUGAUUAUAAACGGAUCUACGAGAUCUCAGGUAUACAGUGUUGUCGACGCCACAAACAAUCGAUUCCCUAAGGAAAUUAUAAACGAAAAUCAUUUGGUAGGACGUAUUCAUUGCAGGAAAUAAUAGGCCUACGUUUAAAAUUUUACUGAUAGACAAGUGGUAGUGUUGUACGUGAUGCCCGGAAAAACUAUAUUAUUCAUCAUUGCCUGGACUUUCCUCGGUGUUGGUUCGACUCCAACCAAUGUCAGUGGACGGCCAGGACGAAAUUCAGAAUGCUCCAAUCGACAUUAUCAGCGCUGCAUGAAGCUAAUCUAUCAUCUUUCCGAGUCGAAUAUGAAGCAGACGACAGUGGAGGAUCUCAACAGAUUGUGCCGGAAAUGGGAACAGACGGUUCUUUGCAUCGAUAACCAUCAGGCGCGGUGUUUCAGUGAGGAGCAGUCGCGUCUAUUUAACCAGGUGCUUGCUACUCCAAGACAAUAUCUUACCAUGUUGUGUGGCAAUCCUCAGCUUCAACAAGAGUAUCUGAAAUUUGCUCAAUGUGACGCGAACAUUACGAAAGACGAGGCGAAAUGCGGCGGUGUUUUUCAAAGGGUGUUGCAGAUUUCGCAGGAACAACCGGCGCCCCCGACGGACGGCGGUACAGACAGCGAUAACCAGCGGCAACCUCAGCAACGACAACAGGAGAGCGUCGAACAAGUCCUAGCAAAAAACUGCUGUACGUUCGACGAGUACCUGCGAUGCAAGAAACGCUUUCUGACUCGCGACUGUGGAGACAACGCAAGCCAGUUCUUCGAGACGCAUAUCAAGCGAAUCAGCGCUCCCUUUGCCGAAGAGCAAUGUGGUGCCUUCGUCCAACGAUGUGACCAUGUGUCUUCUGCAAUGACCGCGCCUUACCCUGCGUUAUUACUUGUUAAUAUAUGCCUCAUUAUUGCUGUUAAUAAUUGCGCCUCUGACACAAUAGCAUUAGCUCUAAAACUUGCCUUACAGUGAACAAAAAAAAAAAAUAGAAGUUUACAGCCAGCGAUGCUCUCUUCGAAUAAAUAACCCUUUGAAUGAAUAUUAUCUGUAUCUUAGCUAGAACGAGACGUAAUGUGGAGCUAAGCCGGAACACAAACGAGGCUGUUCAAUCAAUUGGGCCUUAUUGUUUUUCCUAACCGCUUAGGAUCAGGCUGAUCAGCACCAGUGGUCUGAAUCAACGAAACAAUUGAUUUGCUAGGAAUUUUUGAAGGAGCCUGAUGCUAGUUUUGGUUAUGAAUAAUGGUAUUAUUACCGUAGCGUGUCAAAGUAAUGGCGACGAUUUUGUUGGAUUCUCUCUCUACUAGCUACUAUUUAAGAAGAUUUACGUACCUCUAUUAUAACUAAAUGGUGACAUAAGACAGCGACGCUAUAAUUUUAGGGAGUGAAAAUGCGAGAAAAAGCAAUUUAAAAAUAAAAUACCUGUUGAGUCAUGAGUCAUAGUAGAACUAGGAGACAUAACGCAAUAUUAGAU